AUGUGGAACGAUGAAGAUAACAAUCCCUAUGGGGCCUUUGAUCAGCAUCAGUCUCACCUAUCUGACUCUUUACAUUCAGCCGCACUUUCCCCUCAGCUGUACGGACAAGAGUCGACCCCUCCUUCCAGCCGGGGGUCAAGCAGCGAGCCUCCUGACUAUAUCACCCACCCUGACGACCUGAGCGACCCUGAGGAUGAGGCGGAAUAUGGCGCUGCAAGUCAACAAUAUCCCCGGAAAAGUGUCUACGACAGCCGAAUUGAACAGAUUCUCUACGAAAACCCGGAGAUGCCAAUAUUGAUCACCGAUGCAGGCAAGAAUCAUGAAGGUGGUGGAGGUUUCAUUGUUUACACUAUCCGGACUGCGGACUUGGAAGUGCGCCGGCGAUACUCCGAAUUCGCAUCUUUGCGACAGACACUCGUCAAUUUACACCCUACCCUCAUUAUUCCGCCAAUUCCCGAGAAGCACAGUAUGGCGGAUUACGCGGCUAAGCCUACCAAGGCCAAAGAAGAUACGGCUAUUAUAGAUCUCCGGAAACGGAUGCUGAGUGUCUUUUUGAACCGCUGCAGGCGCAUGAAGGAGGUCCGCGAAGAUGGAGUGUGGUGGAGGUUCCUUGAUCCGAACGUUAGCUGGAGCGAAGUCUUGAGCUCACACCCAGCAUCCUCGGUUCCCAAAAACAAUCUUAAGGCACCCCCUCUUGACCCCGCAAACCCCACACCUGGCCAUGGCUGGCUUCCAAUUCCGUCAGCUUCUGCGAAGCUCAAGCCCAGUGGCACGGUAACCACAUUAUCCGGAGGUGCGGCAUCCCCGACGUCGCCCACCGAAGCCGAGCCUCAAUCGUUCCCUGGUCCCGAGAUUCUUGGACGUUUUCCACCCGAGACACGCAAGCUCAGCGAGCAAGAGCUGGACCCCUAUUUUAUCAACUUCGAAGCAUCUACGCGAGAGCUGGAAUUGCUUUUGCAGGGCAAUAUCGAGAAAGUCAAUCGACGAACACUUUCUCAUCUGUCUUCCCUGUCAGCUGAUCUUAUGGAAUUGGGCGCGCGCUACAAUGGAUUCUCCCUCUCGGAACAAUCCCCUACAGUAGCGGCCGCCAUCGAGCGAAUUGGACAAGCCGCCGAUACCUCCUAUAUCGAGACCGAGGAGCUGUCUUCAGCUCUUAGCGCAAGCUUUGCCGAGCCCAUGCGAGAGAGUGCGCAAUUUGCUAGCGUGGUGCGUGGAGUUUUACGAUACCGAGUGCUCAAGCGGGUGCAGCAGGAGAUGACUCGCGAUGAGCUGUCAAAGAAGAAGACAUUAUUGGACUCCCUCGAGCGCAGUGAGCUCGAAGCCAAGCGGAUCGAACAGUACCUCAACCGCACGGGUCCUCAGUCGGGCGGCACAAAGCCUCGUUCUCUGUCAACAUCAUCUGCCGUUAGCAGUGAAGGGGCUGGUUCCAACAUUGCAGCAGACUCUGAAUUCCCACCUACCCACGAUGAUUCAUACAGUUCUCCGCCUGCAUCGCAAAUCGGAGGAUCCAAAAGAUCUGACCCGUCGGCUUCAGCAUCCCCCGCCCACCGCAAGACGUCCAGUGGGACUUUUGUGGCAAACAAAAUAUUCGGUCGCAUCAGCCAUGCAAUCCAUGGAUUUGCAGAUGUUGAUCCAGAACGCACGCGUCGUGACCAGAUCGGAAAGACCAAAGAGAGUCUGCUUCAGUUGGAGCAAGCACUCGAGGUUUCUGAAAAGGACGUCAAGGACGCUAGUUCGGGUGUGCUACAAGAUCUCAAACGCUUCCAGAAGGACAAAGAGGCCGAUCUCCGGCGAUACAUGGUCGCAUACGCUCGCUGCCACUUAGAUUGGGCACGAAAGAAUUUGGAGACAUGGACUGAAGCCAAGGAUGAGGUGGACAAGAUCGUGGCUCGCUAG